AUGGAACAAUUAGAAUACGAUUUAGCAAGAGCUAUCUUUUAUGUUGAAACUGUUCGUUUUAAUAUGGAUCAAACAUUACAAGAAAAAGAAGCACAAACAACAAAUAAUGAUCAUGAAUAUGAUGAAGAAAAUGAGACGAUGAGUGAUCCAGCUAAAUUUGCUCAAAUGUUGAAUAUGACGACAAAUGAAAAUAUUAAUAUUCCAUCAGAUCAACGGUAUGCUGUUCAAUUAGAACAACUUAUUUCAAUGGGUUUCACUAAUCGUGAAGAGAAUUUAGAAGCACUAACAGCAACGAUGGGAGAUAUUAUUGCAGCUCUUGAACGACUUCCAUCUGAAAAAUAA